AUGGCUCUCGCCAGGAUCCCAGGUCUCCUGAGGCAGAUUCGCAUCCCUUUUCUGCCGGCCAGAACACGCAAUACAGACAUCGAGAAAGGUCCCAGUCCAGCCAGCUCUGACACAUCAUCGACUCCCAUGCACGGUCCUCCAAGCACUCACUCCUCUAGCACUCCCAUCUCAGGACCCACACACAGCGAACACCACGCCCGCAACGGGAUCUUCGUCCGCGACAGCAUCAUCGGCUUCGCAGACGGCCUCACAGUGCCCUUCGCUCUCACAGCCGGUCUCUCCUCCCUCGGCUCCUCCAAGAUCGUCAUCCUCGGCGGGCUGGCAGAACUCUUCGCGGGAUCGAUUUCCAUGGGUCUCGGAGCGUUCUUGGCUGCAAAGACGGAUCGAAAGCAUUACGAAGUGGAAGAGAAGAGGGAGAGGAGGGAGGUGAGAGAGUCUCCCGGGGAAGAGGAACAGGAGAUUUAUGAUAUUUUGGGGGAGUAUAGUAUUUCGAGGGAGGAUUCGAGAGGGGUUGUGGAGAGUUUGAAGAGGGAUGAGGAGGCUUGGGUGAAGUUCAUGAUGGACUUUGAGCUCAAAUUGGAGAAGCCGACGUUGAAGGUGGCGUGGAUUGAAGGCCUGGUGAUGGGUGUCUCGUAUCUGUUUGGCGGCCUACUUCCGAUGAUACCCUACUUUGCCACCAAGCACAUCAACGAGGCGCUGUUCAGUUCUAUCGGGAUUACAGUUGUCAUCCUCCUUGUCUUCGGAUACGUCAAGGCCAAGAUCACAGGCUGCUGCGCCAAAGACUCGGCAAUUGGCGCGGUAGAGACCUUGUUCAUCGGAGCUCUUGCCGCUGGUGUCUCGUAUGGAAUUGUCAAAGGAGUCAAUUCCUCGAAGCUGUUCGACAGCUAUGAAAAUCCAGGACCAAUCACGAACAGCGCACAGGCUGCGCCCUCGAGCAUGAUGUAA